CAUAGAUGAUAGCCCACCAUUUACCAACAUAGUUCACGGAGCCUAGAGGCGGUGGCGCGUGGGUCGCACGCCGGCGAAACUGAGGGAAAAUUAGCGCCUCAUCCUCGCGCUGUUUCCAAAUUCGUCCCGGGGGAAGAGAGCGAGAGUCGAGAGAGAGAUCGCAAGUUCAAUGUCGGACCCUUACGAGCGAGCUAAAGGUGGGAGGCUGGCCUUCAAGGGCGGAGCCCUAGCGUCUCGCAGCAAGUCCAUCGACAAGAAGCACAAGAAGAAGCACAAGCAAAAGCUCAAGGACGCCGCCGUCGAGGACGGCGAAAUCGAGCAGCCGCAAGUGGAGGAUGGUGGCGCCGCCGCCGCCGCUGCCGCGGGGGCCCAGGAUAUUUAUACCAUCGACGCGGCGAAGAAGAUGAAGUAUGAGGAGCUGUUCCCCGUGGAGACGAAGAAGUUCGGCUACGACCCCAAGUUCAAGGCCAAGAACGUAGAGGACGCGCUCGAUGACCGAGUGAAGAAGAAGGCGGAUCGAUACUGCAAAUGAAUCGCUUUCAAGUUUUGCAGGAAACAUGUGCAUUGGAUGCUGAAGUUGCAGUCGCCCUUAAUUGCAACUGAAUCACUGAAUCGUGUAUAGCAGCAAACCAAUACUUGUCAUUGAAGGUUAUACUGGGCUUGUGUUCUUUAGAACGAUACAGGAAGAGUAACCUUUCUAGGAAGUAAAAUAGUCGGUU